AUGCCUCUUGGAAAAAAAAAAACCCUAAUCUAUCGUAGCCUUGACGAAUUUUCAAGACUCAGGCCUCGAUGGGUUGAAGCAGACGAAGCUUGCCGGCUGGCUUAUUGCCCCGCAGCAUCCACUGCCCCUCGUGCUGGUCCUCCAACACCACCACCUCCUUCCGCUGCCGCUCCUGUCGCUCCCGUUGUCGCUCGCCCCGCCACCCCGGCCAAGGCGCCACCAGCUCCUGCUCGUCUCAUUCAGGAGGUGACCGCCAAGCAACUGGCUACCAUUCGCCGCAACAUGGAGCUCCUGUUGAGUGAUGACGGCCCGAGGGGAGAGAGUGGAGGAAUAGGUGCUGGAGGAGGAGAGGAUCGGAUGGAUAGGCCUAAGCCCGCCCCGAAUAGGCGCCCCUUCAAGAAGGGUGCUCAGGACGCAUUUAUGGGCUGUGGAAGUCUUUGGCUUUGGGGGUAG